UCUGUAACCAUGGAGUCAAGCCAGGUUGCAUUCCGCCCUACGCGAGAGAUAUGAUUCGGUGUGGAGUACAAGGUUUUCCUGCGUUAAAAAAGGUGGGAGACGCAACGGCGGGCCAUGGGCUUUCCCCGGAAAAGACGGCGAAAGGUCCCAAUGAACUGUUGCCUCCCAAGGUAAGACAGUUGGGAUGGUCACCUCAACAUCCCUUAGUUUUUCCCUCCCCAAUGACCUUGUCUUCUUGCUCCUUUUCCCGUCCCAGGCGCGGCUGAAUUGGAAGAUUCUCCCGCCUUCUAUUUCUUUACGGGGAUACCUGGCUAAUCUCAUACGUUCUGGGGAGAGAUGCGACGAUUCCCUGGAUGCCCGUCGUCUUUCCGCUUGGUAUUAACCUCUGCAAUCAACUAUCGCUUGUGUCGGGUACACUACCGCUUUUGCGGCCUUCUUUUGCACGGCUGAUCGGCAGAUCCGCCCCUGCUUUCUUCUUUCUUAAGAUUUCUUUAAUAUAUAACAAGAUACUUUCCAAUCUAGCUAUUCGGCGGGCAACGAUGCCGAUCCGCGAAAAGAUGAAACGGGUCUUCUCCCGAACAACCUCCGGCUCCUCCAACUCCAACUCCCCGUCUUCGUGUCCCCAUCCUUCCAAACCCAAGGCUACAACUGUAGUUCUGGCGGGAGUCAAGACGGUCAAAGUGAAGCCGAGGGUAGGAAAGGACGGGAAUCCCAUUAUCGAGCUAUACAAGCCCCACGAGGUACCGCGCUCAAAGUACCGUGGCCCUUUCGAUGAGGAGCAUUUGAAAAGGCUGGCUGCGUAUUCGAUUCCCGCCGCCAUGUCGGACAGGCCCAGGUCAAUGGUGUCAGAGCUGUCGCCCAUGGGUACCUGGGCACCGCCUUCAAGACGGAACAGUCUGGCUAGCCAUGAGGCGGCGGCGAAGAAGAUGAUUGAAGGACUGACUCAAGCUUUGGAGAAUAUGGAACGGGAACAUAUGACAGAACAACAGAUCGAAUGAUCCGCGCUUAUUAUAGCUAUUGACACCUGGUUAUGACGAUAGAAGGUGCUCAUUUCCCGAUGUCGAACUUCUGACGAUCACUCUUGUCUCCCCAAUGCGACGAAUGGUAUAGGCUCGAAUACCCAUCCUUAUUACAUACCCUAGGCAUCAAAGAUAGAGAAGGACAGGCCCAUCCGAACAUGGUGCAAGGGGAAUAAUAAGACGAAGCAGGGAGGUCAAAGUUGACUCCCCAGCCCUGGAGGCUUUAAACAACGCUUUAUAUUACGUUCCUGUGAUCAUUUUCCCAGUUAUAAACGCGAUUCGGAAUUUUUGUUCAUUGGGUACAUCGGAGUUUCAAGCCUGAUAAGGUACAUUAUGGAGUUUUGGGGGAGGGUAUAGAUUGGUAUGUAUAUACCUGUGUUCAUGAAAGCGAGCAUCUCUUGGAUUGAAUAGACAUUUUUUCAGCAAUGACAACCAAGUAUUUCCAUUUGAAUUUUAUUGGAUAUUAUAAAGACUACUUUGUGCAAAUAACUAUCCACGAGGAACAGAAUACGAACCGUCUGGCUCCAGCAUUCCUGUACCCUUCACGACCAGGAGACUUCCUCCAAACACACAUUGAGAAUGCGUUCCACCAGUUGUUCCAUUCCGGUGAUAUUGCCCUGAGAAUCAUCAAACAGUUAUUCGUACGUGUUUGAGCGUGGAUGGAAUGUUGCAAGUCUAUGUUUGAAGCGCUGGUCCCUUCAUGACCCGUUAUACCGAUGAAGAUUAACCUGCCCUGAAAGAAUUGAAUUGCAGCACAGGCAAUAUUUACUUGCA